AUGACCGCGGGCAAAGCGCAGGGGCCUCUGUGUGUCUGCACUCCUAACAGGCCAAGCUCGCGGUCACGGCCGCUCACUCAUCCAGGGAACUAUGGGAGGCAGCUGCGCUCCUCUGCUCUGUCUCCUGCUCAGCUGGGGGCGGACUGGGGUGAGAUUCGUGUCGAUGGACCUCCGCACGGCGGUGUUCAGUAUGAAACAAUAUCGGUUAUCAAGGACGGCAGUCCCAUCCUACGAGAUAUGGCCUUCUCUCUCGACCGCAACUACCUCUACGUCAUGUCUGAGAGACAGGUCACACAAGUUCCCAUCGAGUCAUGUGAGCAGUACGGGACCUGUGGAGAGUGUCUGAGCUCCGGGGAUCCACACUGUGGCUGGUGUGUCCUGCAUAAUAUAUGCUCUCAGAGGAAUCGCUGCGAGCGUGCAGAUGAGCCGUACCGUUUCGCUGCAUCUCUCAACCAGUGUGUGAAGGCCACUGUGUACCCAGACAGCAUUGCAGUGUCAGAACCUAGUGUACCUCUUCUGGUGAAGGUGAGCGAUGUUCCAGACCUUUCUGCAGGCAUCACCUGCUCCUUUGGCAAUCUGACGGAGGUGGAGGGACAAGUUAACGGCAACCAGAUACUCUGCGUGUCUCCUGCUGCCAAGGAUGUCCCACUCAUCCCCACUGACCAAGACUGGUCAGGCGUUGAGCUUAGGCUCAAUUCUAAAGAGACGGGUCAGAUGCUUAUCAGCACAGAGGUCAAGUUUUACAACUGCAGCGUCCACCAACUGUGUCUGUCAUGUGUGAACAGCGCCUUCCGCUGCCACUGGUGCAAAUACCGCAACUUGUGUACCCAUGACCCCUCCAGCUGUUCCUUCCAGGAGGGACGAGUCAACGCUUCUGAGGACUGCCCCCAGCUGGUGCGCUCUGAGGAGAUUCUGAUCCCUGCAGGGGAGGUGAAGCCUAUAACCCUCAAGGCCAAGAACCUGCCACAGCCUCAAUCUGGCCAGCGAGGCUACGAGUGUGUCCUUCACAUCCAGGGAGUCAGCCACCGAGUCACUGCCCUCCGCUUCAACAGCUCCAGUGUGCAGUGCCAGAACAGCUCGUAUCUGUACGAGGGGAUGAAAAUCAGUGAGCUGCCUGUGGAUUUCUCAGUGGUGUGGAACGGCAACUUCAUUAUUGAUAACCCCGAGAAUAUUCAAGUGCACUUGUACAAGUGUGCAGCCCAGCGGGACAGCUGCGGCAUGUGUCUGAAGGCAGAGCGGAAGUUCCAGUGUGGCUGGUGCAGUGGAGAGGGAAGAUGUACGCUGCGGCACCACUGCCCCCCUAUCAACCCUUACACCACCCGCUGGCUCAACCUGUCCAGCAAGAAUGUGAAGUGCACCAACCCACGCAUCACUGAGGUGACUCCGAUGGCUGGACCCCCAGAAGGAGGCACUCGGGUGACCAUCCAUGGCACAAACCUCGGUCUGGCUUUCUCUGAUAUGGUGGGCAACGUGGAGGUGGCAGGGGUGAGGUGUACCCCGGUGGAGGACGGCUACAUCAUCGCCGAACAGAUUGUAUGUGAGAUGGAUGCGGCUCUUGCAGACAGUAGACCUGGUCCGGUCCAGCUAUGUGUUGGAGAGUGCAGACCAGAACUCAGAGCUCGCUCCUCACAGCUCUACUCCUUUGUGACUCCAAUAGUCACAGGUCUGUCCCCGAGCAGAGGUCCAGAGUCCGGUGGCACUAAAGUAACCAUAAUGGGAGAAAACCUCGGAGCCGGCAGCAGUGUCAACGUUCAGUUUGGGAACCAGACAUGCGAGUUCUUUGGACGGACCAUGACGGAGAUAGUGUGCUACUCUGCCCCUUCUGUGUCUGGGGUCGGCCCAGUUCAGAUCAGCGUGAGCGUGGAUCACGCCCAAAUCAGGGAGAGCCUCAGCUUCGAGUACAUAGAAGACCCCACUGUCCAGCGCAUUGAACCUGACUGGAGCAUCGCAAGCGGUCAUACGCCUCUGAUGGUGACAGGAACCAAUCUGGAUGUGGUUCAGGAGCCCAGGAUCCGAGUGAAAUACGCCGGCCGAGAGUCUGUCAAUGUGUGUAAAGUAUUGAACACCACCAGUAUGAGCUGCUUUGCUCCCUCCCUGAUAGCAGAGUACCUUCCAGGUUUGGACUCGGUAAAGCAUGCUGACGAGUUUGGGUUCAUCUUCAACAACGUCCAGGCUCUGCUGGUCUACAACAACACCAACCUACUCUACUACCCAAACCCUUACUUUGAACCCCUCAGCACCACUGGUGUCCUGGAGCAAAAACCAGGCUCACCUAUCAUUCUCAAGGGCAGAAACCUGGUUCCCCCGGCAUCAGGAGGGGUGAAGCUUAACUACACGGUGCUGAUAGGAGAGACUCCCUGCUCUGUCACUGUGUCUGAGAGCCAGCUGCUGUGUGAGCCACCCAACCUCACUGGACAAUACAAAGUCAUGGUUCAAGUUGGCGGCCUUCACGUCUCUCCCGGUGUGGUUCACAUCAUGUCUGACAGCCUGCUGACCCUCCCAGCCAUUGUUAGCAUCGCAGCAGGUGGAGGUCUCCUCCUCAUCAUCGUCAUCCUUGUCCUCAUCGCCUACAAGCGGAAGUCUCGGGAGAAUGACCUUACCCUGAAGCGCUUGCAGAUGCAAAUGGACAACCUGGAGUCGCGAGUUGCCCUGGAGUGCAAAGAAGCCUUUGCCGAAUUGCAGACUGACAUCAAUGAACUGACCAGUGACCUCGACAGAGCUGGAAUCCCCCAUCUGGACUACAGGACGUACGCCAUGAGGGUCCUCUUCCCUGGAAUAGAGGAUCAUCCCGUCCUCAGAGAACUGGAGGUGUCAGGUAAUGGCCAGCAGAAUGUGGAGAAGGCCCUGAAGCUGUUUGGCCAGCUCAUCAACAACAAAGUGUUCCUGCUCACCUUCAUCCGAACACUAGAAAUGCAGCGUUCUUUCUCCAUGAGGGACCGUGGCAACGUGGCCUCACUUAUCAUGACUGCCCUGCAGGGGCGACUAGAGUACGCCACUGAUGUCCUUAAACACCUGCUGUCGGACCUGAUUGACCGCAACCUGGAGAGCAAGAACCACCCCAAACUGCUGCUGCGCAGAACUGAGUCGGUCGCAGAGAAGAUGCUCACGAACUGGUUCGCCUUCCUCCUUCACAAAUUCCUCAAGGAGUGUGCUGGGGAGCCUCUGUUCAUGCUGUACUGCGCCAUCAAGCAGCAGAUGGAAAAGGGGCCCAUCGACGCCAUCACUGGAGAGGCCCGUUACUCCCUGAGUGAAGACAAGCUCAUCCGCCAGCAGAUCGAGUACAAAACCCUGAUCCUAAACUGUGUGAACCCAGACAAUGAAAACAGCCCAGAGAUCCCAGUCAAGGUGCUGAACUGCGACACCAUCACCCAAGUGAAGGAGAAGAUACUCGACGCUGUUUACAAGAACAUGCCCUAUUCUCAGCGGCCACGCGCCGUCGACAUGGACCUCGAGUGGCGUCAGGGGCGAAUGGCUCGUGUGGUGCUGCAGGAUGAAGACAUCACCACCAAGAUCGAAAACGACUGGAAGAGACUCAACACUCUCAUGCACUACCAGGUGUCCGAUCGCUGUGUGGUGGCUUUGGUGCCCAAGCAGACUUCGUCGUACAACAUCCCUUCCUCAGCCAGCAUAUCACGCACCUCCAUCAGCAGAUAUGACUCUUCAUUCCGCUACACGGGAAGUCCAGACAGCCUCCGCUCACGCGCCCCCAUGAUCACUCCGGAUCUAGAAAGCGGCGUGAAGGUUUGGCACCUGGUGAAAAACCACGAACAUGGAGACCAAAAGGAAGGAGAUCGCGGUAGCAAGAUGGUGUCUGAGAUUUACCUGACCCGGCUGCUGGCUACCAAGGGUACGCUACAAAAAUUUGUUGACGAUCUAUUUGAGACGUUGUUCAGUACGGUCCACCGAGGGAGCACUCUUCCGCUGGCCAUCAAAUACAUGUUUGACUUCCUGGAUGAGCAGGCGGAUAAACAUGGCAUUCAUGACACAGACGUACGUCACACGUGGAAAAGCAAUUGCCUUCCAUUGCGUUUCUGGGUGAACGUGAUCAAGAACCCGCAGUUUGUGUUUGACAUCCAUAAGAGCAGCAUCACGGACGCCUGCCUGUCUGUAGUAGCUCAGACCUUUAUGGAUUCUUGCUCCACUUCAGAGCACCGCCUGGGCAAAGAUUCCCCAUCAAAUAAGCUGCUCUACGCGAAAGAUAUCCCCAAUUAUAAGAGCUGGGUAGAAAGGUACUACGCUGACAUCAACCGGCUGCCAGCCAUUAGUGACCAGGACAUGAAUGCCUAUUUGGCAGAACAGGCCAGACUCCACUCCACAGAGUUCAACAUGCUCAGCGCUCUCAAUGAGAUCUACUCUUAUGUCAGCAAAUACAGCGAGGAGAUCACAACGGCCCUGGAGCACGAUGAACAGGCAAGGAAGCAGAGGUUGGCCUACAAGGUGGAGCAGCUCAUCUCUGCCAUGUCCCUCGAGAGCUGAGAGUGACCCCAACUGUAAGAGAGAACGAGAGAGAGAGGACCACAGUCUCUAAAGGACCUCCAAAAAAAAAAGGGUCUCACAUUACUUACCUCUCAUCGUGGGCGCUGCAACCACGAACCAGACCUGGGACCUCUGCAUCUACAGCCGGACAGACAUACAACUGCUUUAGUUUGUGAUUCUCCCACCUCCUUCCAUAACGGUGCCAGCUAAAAGGCCCACAGAACCGAGACAGAGGCCCCCCGCAGCUGGAGCUGAAAACAGCAUAAGUAAAGGGACAUCAGCAGAGAAGGCAACAACAUGGCUUGUAUUUAUUUUCUGUUUAGUUUCUUCCCUUUCUCUCAAAGGACUUUUUCUCUGUUUGACAGGAAACUGUGUGUUGUGUGGGUGUGCUUGAGUGUGUGUUUGUGUCAUAUUGAGAAAGACUCCUGCAAGAGUGCGAGAGCAAAUGGAGAAACAGAUUUAUUCUUUGCUAAGUCAGAACUCGCAUCUGUGAGUGUGAAAUGGAGAAAGAGAGAGAGAAAGAGAGAAAGAAAAAAAAAAAGAGGCGAGAAGCAGAGGAGCAGAUCUCAUGUUGGACAGCUGAGAUUGCAUUCAGAUUUCUCAGAUUUUAUUUUUGUACUUUGUACAUUUGAAUAUUAUCAGUUGCAGUUAAAAAUAUCCACCUGGGAUCCCAAAAGUGUCGUUGUAUAAAGAUAUAAAGAGUGUAAUACUACAUCAGGGUUGCGUGGUAACAAAACAGGCCAUGGUCCAUGUCUUCUCUCACUCCUUCCCUCCUCAGACUGAUGCUCCACAGACAAAGCCUCUGCUCUUUAUUUAAUCAGAAGUGUACAGGAAAUCAUGGAACUCGUGCUCGUCAUCUAAGAGUCAAAGGAACUUGUGGUGGUCACAGUUCAGCCAGCAUGCUUGCACCUAAACUGAGGAUGAUGGAGAUGAAGUCUAUAGUGUAUUUAGGAGAUGACCUCAGAUCAGCAUUACUCUGGUGUCAAAGGCUUUCUUCAGCAGUUAUGUCAUUUGUGUAUGUACCGGUUGAUACUUGCCAAUCAGUGUAUGUGAAUGUACAAAAUGUUUUCCUUUUUUUUUCUUUUUUUUCUUUUUUUUUUUAAUUUGUUUGUCUGUUUGUUUGUCUAUUUGAGUUUUGCAGCAAAACCCAGCUCAGUUGAACUGAGCCCCACAGAUAUUUGCAGUAGCUCGUCAUGUGAAGAACUCCAUUCUGUCCGUCCUGGCCUCGGUCCAGCCAACUGCUUCCCAAACAUUAUUAAACUGAAAAUCACUUUCUGCUAGAGGAGAGUGUGCAUCUGAAUUGUGGCUGUCACUACUGUAACUCUGCAGCUUAUAAAGUACAGUAUGUCCAGCUACAGUAGCAGUUAGUAGAGACCAGGUGGUUUUUGUACGUUACAUACUUCCAUAAUGUGUCCACUAUUUGUAUCUUUUAGGGAACUUGAUCGACUUUAUGUGUACUUUGCAUGCACGCAAUCACACAUCGGAAGUGUUUGAGGGUCCGUCUUUGAUUUUUAUAAAGUGCCAAUGAGUCAUGCCUGCUUUAGUUGGCCAGUUGAGAUGUUAACUUGAUGGAAGAUCUUAACCAACCACCACCUAUGUCUUCGCACAGAUGAUAAGAAGUCUCCGUGGGCCUAGUUUGACUAAGUGCCAAAAGAUCCCGGUGUUUCAAAUUGUUCACUAAAUGUGUCAAAAUCGGUUAAUGCUUUACACAGGAAGCAAAGCUCUCAUACUGGAGUGUUCAAGUCCAAGCUCGUAUAACUGGAAUGCUGAGUUGAAACUCGUGAAAGGUACGAAACAUAAGCAGGAGAGAGGAGAAGAAAUCGCGUAGUUGUUAGAAAGCACGUAUGUUUUAUGUUAUGUGGAUGCGUCUCCUGACUUAAACCAAACAGUCACAAGCUAAAAAGGCUGAUGUAACCUGCCAGACUUUAGCUGGAUGACAACAAACUGUAGAUUCCGUCCUCUGGAUAGAUGAUUUCAUUUUCUUCCAAGAUACGCCGUAUAUUUGCUUGUUGUUUACAUCAAGUACUUGAAAAUAGGUAGUGUUAAAGGUUUGUACAGUAUACUGCAAUUUUGUGUGUUGAGAGCAUGAUAAAGGUGGGUGAAAGGUGCUUCUUUUCUCUGUGGCCUUAGAUACCCGCCUGCUUAGUGUUCCUGAUCUUAUUAGUCCUUGAGUAGGGCACCGUCCUUUUUAGUGCUCCAGAGCGCAGUGAGUCUUUUCUUUUUUUUUUUUUUUAAAGUGAUACCUGGCCCUGGCACUCAGCUGAGAACUGUCUUAGCGAGAUAAGGUAGAAGGAAAGGUGAGGAGGGUACGGCCUGGCUCUGGCAGACAUUGCCUAGCACAGCACUCGGCUCGCCCGAGCUGUUUGAAGAGAAGUGUCGAGAAAUGAGGAGCGUCGGAGAGGUAGAAAGAGAGAGAACCCCUUUAGCUCUAGUUUCCUGCCCCAGCUUUGAAGCUGCUCUUUGAUCUGAGUCAGUUGUGUGCACAGUGUGAUCAGGAGAUGGAAAGAAGAAAAAAACAUCAAACUAACAGUCAAGGAGAAAUGUAGGAUGAGGUGAUGAUUGACACGCUGUUGCUGUGUCUGGCCAGUGGGGGCAGGAGUGGGAAAGAGGAGUCGUAAUUUAUUUCCUCGUCUGAAAAAGCACCUUCGUGCAGAGGCGCAUUGCUCACACAAAAGAAAAUAAAAUUGGAGACCUUAUCUCAUAAUUAUGACUCACUAUCUCAUUGAGUUCUGAAGCUUUUUUUUUUAAUGGCUUCUGAGCGGAUUUAUGAACGUUUAUUUGCAGUGGGCAUCAGACACGGUUAUAUCCUCAGAAAGAGUUUGUCACCCUGAAUCUGAAAUUGUAUCUCUGCUCAGAUUUGAUGCACCUGUCCUUUUCACCUGAUAGACUCUCUUAGUCUCAAAGCUUUCCUCUGUGCCUUGCUCACAGUGACAUCCUAGCCAAACUUUUGUUAGCUGACAUGAAAAUGGUAUGAAAACUAACCACCCAGUUAAAGAAAACAGUCGUGCAAAAUCUGGCAAUACUUCUGCAAAUUCCUGUCUCAUUGGUUUAUUUCACGUCAUUUCAUAAUUGUGAGAUUGUUUUCUCACAAUUCUAUUAUUAUGCCAUAAAAAUGGGAUCCAGAUUUUGUAAAAGUUAUAUAUUUUCUCAGUGAUCAGAUAGCUUUCUUGAAACUAUGCGAUCGAAUCUUGUCGUUAUCAGAUCUGUCCUCGAUCAUGACUUAUUUUUCUUGAAAUUAUGAGAAUCUUCUAAGUAUUUCUCAUACUUAUAAGGCGGUAGAAUAUGAGAUACAGUAAGGUCUCCUAGUUUUUUUGGUCCUUUGUGAAUGCAAUGCUCUUCCAUACCUUUUUGCUCCUUAAACAUCUAAUAAAAAUCUAUAGGUACACAAUGGCGCACUUAUACAGUACAUACACAAAACAUAAAGCUUCUUCCUUUUGAUUAAGGUGUCUUCCCAAUUUCAGCGAAUAGAAUUGUAUCCUCCUCAUACCUCACAUUGCUUGUAUGGAGUAAUGCUUUUUAACAUUUUAACAGGACCUAAAUGCCUUUUCCUUCUCCGAGGAAUGAAAUGUAUGUUUAUUAGAGUCCUUCCAAACUCUUAUACGAGCUCCCCUGUAUACAGAAUUGUGAUGAACGAAAUCAGGCACACAAAUUGGUGGAGAACGGCUUUGAUUUUUCUCUCAGAGCUCAUUUAUAUCAGGAUGUUUCUUAUUUUUGUCUUGUGUGAGAUUUUUUGCAUGCAUUUUAAUUCAUGCUUUGGUUCUGCCUGGUAUUCCAUAUCGACCCGCGCCAUCAUUAGUCUAACAGCAAAUUCCUCCAUUUGUAAAUGUCUUAAAUCACAGCUAAAUGCACCUUUUCUUUGUGAAAGAGAUUUUUUUUUGUUAGUAAAUAAUAGCUUGUUUCCAUGCCGUACACUCGUUUUUCUGGGAACCUUUUUUAAUUCAGUUUGAACUGAGAAGAGGAAAGUUUGUUUACUCUUUCUGCAGCGCAGAAUCCCAUUUGACUGCCGGUUGUGUGAGAUAUGGAGAGAUGCUCAGAAACACAACCUCAUUUCAGAUGAAGCUGAUUACUAAUUGAAGAUGCUUUGUGCACUUUCUUGCUCUUGGUGAAAUGUUUUGCCGAAGAGAUGGUGUUGUGGUUUUUUUGACUGGCACAUGUCAUUCCUUAUACAAAACAAAGCAUUUAACUCGCUUUAUUUUGUUUGCUUUUUGGCAUCAGACAGAGGACAUGAAAUCCAGAUCAAUGUAUUACUCUCAAGUCAGAAUAUCACCAAGUAUAAAACCAGUAUCCUUCCAUUUUAAACAUUGUAAACAAACCGUUUGUAGACACUGGAGUUCUGUAAAAUAGUAAUUAUUGGCAACGACGAUGAUGAUGAUGAUGAUGAUGAUGAUAAUAAUAAUGGCUGUCUGUUCUUCUUGUUUUAUAAAAGUGUUGUGAAAAUUGUAAGAAACUUAAAGUAUUUAAAAAGGUUGUUCUCUUGUUUUUUAUUUGCUUUGAUUUUGUUAUGAUAAUAUAUUAUUGUGUACCUAUUGUAAAUAUGAAGCACACCUAUUUUGCAAGCCAAGGAUUCACUUUGUACUGUUGUUAUAUAUAAAUAAACUUUGCUGGUUAAAAAUUGCAUAGAACCAAAA